GCCUAUGAGUAUAUACAAAGUAAAAAUGGCAGCCGAAGUGAGGUGGAUAGUAUAUUUAUUCUUAUUCUUAUAUUACAUUUACACUAGUUAUGCUGAACUGCCUCAUCGAAAAUUUGAGUAUAAAUAUUCUUUUAAACCUCCAUAUUUAGCACAAAAAGAUGGAAGUGUACCUUUUUGGGAAUAUGGUGGCAAUGCCAUUGCUAGUUCUGAGAAUAUUAGAAUUGCUCCUUCAUUAAGAAGUCAAAAAGGAGCAAUUUGGACUAAGCAAGCAGUAAAUUUUGAUUGGUGGGAAAUUGAUAUAGUUUUUCGUAUAACUGGCAGGGGAAGAAUUGGAGCAGAUGGCUUAGCUUUGUGGUAUACAACUUCAAAAGGAUUUUACAAUGGUACUGUUUUUGGAAGUUCUGAUAAAUGGAUUGGGCUUGGUAUUUUUUUUGAUUCCUUUGAUAAUGAUAAUAAACGUAACAAUCCUUUUAUUAUGACAAUUCUUAACGAUGGAUCAAAAAUAUUUGAUCAUGCAAAUGAUGGAGGUACUCAAGUUUCGGCUGGUUGUUUACGGGAUUUUCGAAAUAAACCAUUUGCUACUAGAGCAAAAAUAGAAUACUAUCAAAAUUCUCUAACGUUAUUAUUUCACGGUGGUAUGACAAACAAUGAACUUGAUUAUGAAGUGUGUUUUCGACUAGAAAAUGUAUUUUUACCCAAAUAUGGAUAUUUUGGUAUAUCAGCAGCUACUGGUGGUCUUGCUGAUGAUCAUGAUGUUUUACAUAUUUUAACUACAUCCUUAUAUCCACGUAGCCAAAUUACCAGUAAUAAAAAGGUGUCUACUGAAGAAGAGCUUAAACUAGGCCAAGAGUAUCUGAGUUAUCAAACUAAACUUGAGCGCCAAAAAGAAGAAUACCACAAAGAACACCCAGAUGAAAGGCACGAAAAAGAAUUUGAAGAAUGGUUCGAAAGUGAAAAUCAACGAGAAUUAAAACAGAUUUUUACAGGACAAAUGCAAAUAUCUGAUACUAUGCGAUCAAUAAAUAAUAAAUUAGAUGAAGUGGUUGGAAAACAAGAAAGAGUAUUGAGUCUUAUUUCCCAAAUUCCAUUAGAAGCUCGAUCACAUGAAGGUAAAAUUCAAUCUAAUCAAGCAUCGCAAGUUUUUGAGACUAUACGAAGACAAGAAAUAGAUUUUUUGUUAACAACUCAAAAUAAUAUAUUAAGUGCAGUACUCGAACUGAAAUCUGUAGUAAUAGAAGUUCAAUCAAAAACUGAUAAUAUUUUAAAUAAUCAAGCUCGAAAUCCAACAGCAAAGGUUGAACCUCUGAGUUAUGAUUAUCAAUCCUUUAUAACAGAAAUACGAGAUGGAUUGAAUACUCUUAAACGAGAUGUCUUACAGACUAACACAAAACUUAAUAGCCUUAAGUUAAACUGUCCUGCUGGAAAUUGUCUUACUACAAUAGUAUUUAUAAUAUUUAUAGCUGUUCAAAUAAUUAUUAUAUUGGGAUAUAAUAUAUAUAGAGAUAAUAAGGAAGCACAAGCAAAAAAAUUUUAUUAA